AUGAAAAUUCGUUUUCUCUGUUACUUCUCAAUAACAGCACUACUGCUGUGUGUUGUACCUCAAACGAGGUGCUAUGUGCAUAAUGAUGUCAUGAAAUUUGGAGAGGAAAAUUCUCUAAAGUGUUCCCAGGGAAAUCUAUACAUUUUGCACUGUGAAGUGAAAUGUAUGAACAGAAAUAAUAAAAUGAUUUACAAAAGUUGUAUGAACGAGGUGGAAGAGAGGUGUCUAGGAAAUAAUAAGUGCAAAUAUUACUUCGAUUACAUAAUAAAGAAUAGGAAGCAAUCUUUUAGAAAUAAAAACGAAAUUGAAAUUGGAGAAUGUGUGGAAUCGGAGAAGAAUAUUAUAAAAACAUCAACUACAUGUUUGUUAAGUGAUUCCUUUUUGUUGGAUGAAGCUUAUGUUCAAUAUUUUUUUUUUAUAAAAAAUAAAAAUGAUGAACCAAUCAUGUGUAAAAAUGGAAAAUUAAAUAUAAAUAGUGCAUUAUUACAUUCUCCAUUUUGUAAAAUCAAUUUAAAGGAUGUAACUGAAUUUUUGAAAAAAAAAUGUGAUAAUAAUAAAGAAUGCGUAAUAAAUCCGUAUGAACUGCAAAAGAAUGCAUUAAAUGAGAAAGACCCGUGUUACAUUAACAACUCAUACAUUUCACUAAAUGUUGUUUGUACUACAGAAAAAGAAGAAGAGGUGAGUGAAAAUAAGCAGAAACAUCAGCAAUAUGAUGAUGAUGAUGCUGUAGAGUAUAACGAAGAAUACAAUAAUAAUUAUUCGAUAGAUAAUCAUCAUGGGUUUCUUAAUGAAGAUGAAAAUAAUAGUGGAGGAAAAUAUCUCAAUUCGAACGAUGAAGUAGAUCAUAUAAUGAACAGCAAUGGAAACUAUCCAACUAAAAUAAAGAAAGCAAAAAUGUUAUUAUUGAACAAAUUGAAUGAACAAUUAGUUAAGAAAAAUUUAAUUUUCCAAGAAAUUGGAGAAAUUUUGUCUCACUUGUUGAAGAAAAGAUAUGAUGCAUCUGAUUUGAAAGACUUAUUUGAAGAUCGAUAUAAUGAAAUGAGAAAGAGCACGGAUGCAGAUGUGUACACGUUGUAUGUGUUAGAAACAUUAGUAAAUAACCAAAUGGAGGAGGGUAUUGUUGUGACAGAUUUACAGGAAAAACUGGAAAUUAUAUUAAAAGAACAAAUGGACAAAUUGAAUGAAGUUGAAAAGGCUAUUAACCACGUGAGAAAAAGAUAUUUCAACCUUUACAACGAAGCAAGGAAAAAAGAUAUGAAAGAACUUUUUGAUGAAAAUGAUGAUCCCAUUUUGACCUAUGAUGAUUUUGCUCAUGGGAAUGGAAUCAUUUCAGCUGAUAUCUUUUUUAAAUAUAAGCCCACAUUGAAAGCGUUAAAUUUUAACAAGUUUCAUUUGAAAGAUAAAAAAGGAAAGGCGAACAAAAAAAAUUAUAGCGAUUUGAUAGAAAUAGACAGACUUGAUGAAUAUAACAGAAAAAAAAGAAUCAUGGACAUGAGAAAUAUUCUCGUUGAAAAAUUGAAAAAUUUGUAUUAUGAUAAAAAUGGUAUUUUUAACAAAAUAGCUAGCUGCAUUAAAUCCUAUUGCUACAAAAAACCCCUGAAUGUUCAUAAUUUAAGUAACGUACUAAAACGAAAUUACGAAAACUUGAAAGAAAAUAAAACAAAAGAUCCUAUGAUGCUGAUCAUUAGUUAUCUUGAAAAGGUAGACAAUCAUGAUGAACUAAGAGCUACAAGCGAAAUUGAUGAUGACAAGCAUAUGCAUUUCCUCCCUUGGGAAAAGAACAAACGCAUUCUACAAAAACUUAAGACGCUUCUGUAUAUUGGAUAUCAACAAGUAUAUGAUAAAGAUAUUGAAAUAAAAGAAAAAAUAGAAAAAUACAUGGCUCUCAAUGAUAAAGCAAAAGAAUAUAAUCUUCAUCGACUCUUCAAUGAAAGCGAUGAAUUUUUGAAAAAGGUAUUUAUUACAUCUCAUUAUAACGAAAGUGCUGAUGAGGUCUUUGGAAACCAAGCAUCUUUUUUUGAUGUAUACAAGAGAGAAGAAGAUACGUCUGGAAAUGAAAACAGUGGAGAAGAUGGUGGAGAUAAAUCAGACAAAAUGUCCAAUGCAGAAAAAUUUGGAGACAUAAAUGCUGCACAGUUCGAUAAUCAUAAAAAAGGAAUCGCCCAUAGUCAGACUCAAGAUAGCAAAUCGAAAAAAGUGAAAAAAGAAAUGAUGUCAAAAGAUGAUCCCUUAGAUGAUGAUGACGAUGAUGAUGAUUAUGAUUUUGAUUAUGAUUUUGAUGGUGAUUUUAAUGGCGUUGAUGAUGAUCACAUGGGCAAGGAAAAAGAUAUGAACAACAUCGAUGAAGGAUAUGGAAGUGCAGAGGAAGAUAAUGAGAAUGAGGCCCAUGAUGAUGGAAAUGAGGUUGAUUCAAUAUCGGUUGAAGACACAGACGCUGCACAUAUGGAAAAUAACAAGGAGGGCAUAUUGGGUGAUGAGAUGGAAAAUAUGAUGGCAGAUGAUAAUAAACACGUGGAAGAGCAAGAUAAGGCAGCUGAUAAAGAUGACGAGGUGGUAGAUGAUAAGGAUGGUGAAGUAGUUGAUGAUAAAGAAGCUGAUAAGGUUGGUGAAGUGGUAGAUGAUAAGGAAGCUGAUAAGGUUGGUGAAGUGGUAGAUGAUAAAGAAGCUGAUAAGGUUGGUGAAGUGGUAGAUGAUAAGGAUGGUGAAGUGGUUGAUGAUAAAGAAGCUGAUAAGGUUGGUGAAGUGGUAGAUGAUAAGGAAGCUGAUAAGGUUGGUGAAGUGGUAGCUGAUAAGGUUGGUGAAGUGGUUGAUGAUAAGGAAGCUGAUAAGGUUGGUGAAGUGGUAGCUGAUAAGGUUGGUGAAGUGGUUGAUGAUAAGGAAGCUGAUAAGGUUGGUGAAGUGGUAGAUGAUAAGGAAGCUGAUAAGGAUGAUGGAGUGGUAGAUAAGGCAGCUGAUAAGGAAGCUGAUAAGGUUGGUGAAGUGGUAGAUGAUAAGGAAGCUGAUAAGGAUGAUGGAGUGGUAGAUAAGGCAGCUGAUAAAGAAGCUGAUAAGGUUGGUGAAGUGGUAGCUGAUAAGGUUGGUGAAGUGGUAGAUGAUAAGGAAGCUGAUAAGGUUGGUGAAGUGGUAGCUGAUAAGGUUGGUGAAGUGGUUGAUGAUAAGGAAGCUGAUAAUAAAGUUGAUAAGGCAGCUGAUAAUGAAGCUAAUAAAGAAGCUGAUAAGGAAGCGAAGAAGGGUGAUGAUGUGGUAGAUGAUAAGGCAGCUGAUAAGGAUGGUGAAGUGGUAGAUGAUAAGGAAGCUGAUAAGGAUGGUGAAGUGGUAGAUGAUAAGGAUGGUGAAGUGGUUGAUGAUAAGGAUGGUGAAGUGGUUGAUGAUAAGGAAGCUGAUAAGGCAGCUAAUAAAGAAGCGGUGGCUGAGGUAGAUAAUGAAGAUAAUAAGGAAGUUGUGGAGAUAGAGGAGGAGGAUCAAGAAAUUUUGGGUCAAGAAGAAGAGCAGGAAGAACCAGGAAAAGGAAAAGAGAAUCAAGGAAAGCCAAAUGGGCAAAUAUUGAACCAGGACGCUAUAAACGUGGGAAAUAAUAAUAGUGGUUCAUUCGCAUUAAAUCUGAGGAAGACCUUUCUAGCUAUUGUGGCAAUUUUGUCUGUGGGAUUUUUCCUUUAA